CUAUUUACUAUACUAUGCUGUCACUUUGUUGACAGUGACAGUUCAAAAGUGUGGUUAAGACCCAAAUGUUUAUUUACAUUUUUAUCAUUUAAUCUCGCCUAACAUGCGCCUAAAGUCCGCCUAGUCCCUUCAAGCCCCAAAAUCGCCGAAAUGGCGACCAGUGCCCCCUUCAAAAUCGCCUUCAUAGUGCUAAGUUCGGUGACAGCCCUCUGCCUCCUGAACAAGGCUUUAUCGGCAUCGUCCCUCGUCCAACAAACCCCAGAAGAGUACAGUUGGCUCGUCCAUGGCUUGAUGAACAUCCUCGGCUACGCCACUUUAUUCAUCCCGGGCUAUUUAACCUACAAAUACGUCCGAAAAACCAACUACAUCAACCGAGGGGGCGACGGUUGGUGUUUCCGAGGCAUUCAAACGUGUUUCGGGGAGGACGAGUCGAGCGCUUCGGGAACUGCCCCCACUGUGAUUCAGCGCUCAACAAGUCAGGAGAUAAUCUCGAUCAUGUUUCAUUUUUUCGGCCUGCAAGUGUCCUACUUGACUUGGGGCGUUUUGCAGGAGAAAGUCAUGACGCAAAAGUACCAAAGUGGCGCCGAGACUGAGUAUUUUAAAGACUCGCAGUUUCUGGUGUUUGUUAAUCGAGUGCUGGCGUUUUGCAUGUCGGGGGUUUACAUUUUUUGUACGAAACAGACCAGACACCGGUGUCCGUUAUACAAAUACGCCUUUUGUUCCUUCUCGAAUAUUAUGAGCUCGUGGUGCCAGUACGAGGCGCUGAAAUACGUGUCGUUUCCGCACCAAGUGUUGGCAAAAGCCGCUAAAACUAUUCCUGUGAUGCUAAUGGGGAGGAUUAUCUCGAAAACUAAGUACGAGUAUUACGAAUACGUAACUUCUGUUAUUUUGUCGGUAGGGAUGUUGAUGUUUAUGCUUGAUGUGGGGAACGAUCGCGCGGAUUCGGCUAUCACAACUUUAUCAGGCGCUUUUUUACUAAUUUUAUACAUAGUUUUUGAUAGUUUUACCUCGAACUGGCAACAAGCUUUAUUCAAGUCUUAUAAGAUUAAACCCGUUCAGAUGAUGUGCUGUGUUAAUUUAUUUUCUUGCGUUUUUACGGCCGUUUCGUUGCUGCAACAAGACGUGUUCUUCAAGUCGUUCCAUUUCAUGUUGAAAUACCCACAGUUCGUUGUGGAUUGUCUCCUACUAUCUGUGUGUUCAGCGGCUGGACAGCUAUUUAUUUUUAGUACGAUUGCCAAGUUCGGGCCUUUGAUUUUUGCCAUAAUUACCACAAUAAGACAAGGCUUGAGUGUGCUCCUGAGCUGUAUUAUCUACAACCACCAUGUGACUAUAGCCGGGGUGUUUGGCAUAACUCUCGUAUUCACGAGCGUUUUACUGAGGAUUUAUUGCGGUCACAGGUUGAAAAGUCUGAGGAAAAGCGCGAACGCGCCACAAAAAAUCGCAGUGUGACUUAUUUUAAAUAUAUAUUGUCAUACCAAAUAAACAAAAUAAAGUAUACAAAAAAAACAA